AUGCCAUCAUUAAGGAAUGUCCUUAAUUUCCAAACUGGACUUGGAGUACUGGCCAAUAUGUUUCUCUUUUUUUUCUACACUUUCAUAAUCCUAGGUCACAGACCUAAGACCACUGACAUGAUCUCCUGUAUAAUGGCCUUCAUUCACAUAGUGCUGCUCCUCACUGGAACAGAUAUUUGGCUUACAGACAUAUUUGAAUCAGUGAACAUUGAGAAUGACCUAAAAUGUAAGACAACAUUUUACAUAAACAGAGUGAUGAGAGGCCUCUCCAUCUGCAUCACCUGCCUCCUGAGUGUGUUCCAGGCUGUCACUAUCAGUCCCAGUUCCUCUUUCUUGGCAAAAUUUAAAUAUAAACUAAAAAUGUACAUGAUUUGUGCAUUCUUAUUUAUUUUGUCUUUUAACUUUUCAUUCAUCAGCCACCAGCUUCUCUAUUCUGGUGCUUUUACCAAUGUGAGUGUGACCAAGCAGAUGCAGGUCACAAAAUUCUGCUCUCUCUUCCCCAUGAACUUCAUCAUCUGGGCACUGAUUUUAACAGUGACAAUGUCCAGAGAUGUAUUUCUUGUAGGAGUUAUGCUGACCACAAGUGCAUACAUGGUGAUCAUCUUGUUCAGACAUCAAAGGCAACACAAGCAUCUUCACAAUCUCAGCCACCUGAGAGCAUCUCCUGAGAAAAGGGCCACCCAGACCAUCUUGCUGCUCGUGGUUUGCUUUGUGGUCAUAUACUGGGUGGACUUCAUUAUCUCAUCCUCUGCAGUCAUGUUGUGGAUGUACGACCCAGUCAUCCUGAGUGUUCAGAAGUUUAUCAUGAAUGUCUAUCCCAUAAUUACUCCUUUGGUACAAAUCAGUUCUGAUAAUAGAAUAAUCAAUAUGCUGAAAAGGCCUAUCAUGAAGAGUCCAUCCUACAUAUUUCAGGUAACUCUCAUUUAGGAAGGCAUCACUAUACAUUUUCAUCCAUACUCCAAUUUCUUCGAUACAAAUGGCUCGAAUCUCAGCAAUUGUAUCACUGUAUCUAUGAACAAAUAUACCCUUAAAAAUAGAGUUCAUCAUAUUUUCUAUUUCAUCUUGGUUUUCUUGAAACU